CAAUAUAAAAAAAUUUUUUGGGAGUUUUUAUUUUCCUUCUUUUUUACAAUUUCACAUAAUUAUAAAUAUCAUUAUUUUUGAAAAGAAAAAAAAUUAAAAUAUAUUCAAUGAUUUCUCGUAUUCUCAAUUAAUGCUCAACUUUCUUAUAUUGUUCAGUCGCCAAGGAAAAUUGAGGUUACAAAAAUGGUACGAACCUCUUCAAGAUAAAGACAAGAAGAAAAUAUCCAGAGAGCUUAUAGCUAUUGUGCUUACCCGAAAACCAAAAAUGUGCAAUUUUCUGGAAUGGAAAGAAUAUAAAAUCGUUUAUAAAAGAUAUGCCAGUCUAUUCUUUUGUGCAGCGAUUGAUCCAGAAGAUAACGAAUUAAUUUGCUUGGAGGUCAUCCAUAGAUAUGUUGAAUUGCUCGAUAAAUAUUUUGGCAGUGUAUGCGAACUGGACAUAAUUUUUAAUUUUGAAAAGGCUUAUUUUAUGCUCGACGAAAUUAUAUUGGGAGGCGAACUACAAGAAAGCAGUAAAAAAAAUGUUUUAAAGGCUAUAGCAGCUCAGGAUCUUUUACAAGAGGGAAGCAUCGAUCCUUCUCAGUUGUCCAACAACUCAGAGAAGAUAAUGGAAUCCAUAAAUGGCAUAGAUUUAGAUCCUCGUAUAUUCCAAGCUUACUGAUUAAUAAACCGAAAUAAAUUAAAAUAAAUUUCAAAAAAAAAUAUUCGCUCUGAGAAGAAGAAAAUUUUUUUUAAGUAUAGCAAAUAAUAAUAGGAUUUAAAAGUAUAUAAUGAUAAUAAUGCAAUUUUCUUCUAGUCUAAUGUUCUAAAACAUUUAAACUUUUCAAUUAAUUUAUAUUUAUACACGUGGUAUAAGUAAUAUUUUCUAUAUUUAGAAUAUAAUUAUUAUAAAUAUGUUAUCAUAAAUGCACUUAAUUUUUCAA